AUGCCACGAAAAAGAACUAAUUUAAGUUCAUCAAAAGCUCGUGCGCGGAGAAAAAAAAUUUACAUGCUUCGUAAAAAACAAGAAGAAUUAAAGGAAGAGUUUAAAAAUCUCGCUGGCAAUGAUGAUAAUAUAAACGAAUUGGAUGAUAAAUUAACGGAUCUAGAUAAUUUGAUUGACAGAAAUGUUAACGAUGAAGAUGAUGAUGGUGAUGAUGAUGAUAAUGAUGAAGACGAUAAUGACAGUAAUAUUGAUGGAACUUGUGCUAUCAACAAUAACAAUAACAAACAAUUAGAUACUGAAGAUAUUGAAAUAGUUAGUGUCGUAGAAUCAAUUCAAGAAUCAUCUCAGAGCAAACCAGCAAGAGGGACUUUUGACGAGGUACCUGUUAAACAAGAGCGUCCAGAUGAAGCGGAAAUCCGGGAAUUGGCUGCCAAAAUGGUGGAAGCAAACAAGGCGAAAGUACAGUCAAUGCCUGCACCGCCGGUAAGACCUGCUAAUAAUAAUAAUAAUAAUAAUCUACCGGGAGGUCAAACCGGGAUACUUGGUUAUUUAACCCGUAAACCAGUUGAGGGAACUGGAGCUGGAGCAGCAGCACAACCAGCAGCCGGUAAAUCUCCAUCUAAGGAUCAGGAUGGUAAAGUGCCACUUGAUGAUGAAAGCCAGCGGGGUAGAUUUGGCUGGGUGUCGUUUGAAAAAGUUCACAUACCUUAUAUAUUUCGCGGUAGUGAAAAAUAUUGUGCUGUUAGGAUACUUGAGGCCAAGCUACUAAAUAAGUACCUGAAUUAUCUUCACUCAGAUAUUUACAGUUGUACAUGUAUUAAAAGUUACUUUAUAACUGAAGCUGAGAGUAAAUUAUUAAAUGAAAUAAAUAACAAACAUUGUGAAAAUCAAUUUGGUAAAGAACAAUUUACAACUAGAGAUUUAGUAGUGCGUUUAUCCGACGCUAGAGAAUUUUACACAUUUUUAGAUGUAUGUUAUACUAAAUUAACAAGUAACAAUGUUAUCGGAAAUAAUAGUGGUAAUAAUAAUGGACAUAAUAAAAAUGAUAAAUGCGGAUUUAUACGUAUUAAUAAAGAAUCUGUUGUUCCAUAUACAAUAAAAGAUAAUUUAAAAUACGUACCGUUAUUUUAUUUUGAAGGUGAAACGGACAAUUUAAAAUUAAAAGCCGAAAAAUUAGAAGGCUGGGACUUGUCUUAUUUAAAAUUUUGUUGUAAAGUACAGGGUAUACGUAAUGAAUUAUUUGCUAGUGAAACAUGUUCUGUUAUAAGUUUAACUGAUAUUAAAAGUUAUUUUCCACCUGGUACUGGCUUUGAAGACUAUUGGCCUAGUAAAGUUAUGGACUCACAGCUAUUUGUUAAUGGAAAAAGUGGCGCUAGUGCUGGUGGAUGGACCAAACAACCACCCGCACCACCGGCUAAUAUUAUUAACAAACAAUUACAAAAUAAUUCAACCGGUAAAUCCUCAGCGCAAUUGACAUCAAGAUCGUCCGCUGGUUUGCAAAAUAUCCCACGCAAUAGUCCUGCUAAUGCAACUACCUUACAGCCAGUUAAUCAAUCAUCAAGAUCUGCUGUUACAGCCCAUCCAGCUCAUGUAUCUUCUAAUUCGUUGUCUGCUAAUGCAAGAUCUACUGCUGCUAAUAAUAAUGCUCAAAAUAUGCUUGGCUCAUUAACCACUGUUAAUGGAUGGACUGGAUUAGUUGGUGGACAACCAGCCUUUCAAACUGCUAUUGUACCUCAAUCAAACGCCGUUAUUAGGAUGACUAAUUCAGCGCUUAUACAUAAUGCUUAUCAACAACCAUCAAGAAGUAGAGCUGGAGGCAACGGUACUGCAGUACCUGGACAAUAUCCAUCCUAUCCAGUUACAACAAUCCAAACAAUUCCGCAAGCACAACCGACUUUGCGAGCAACUGUGCACUCAAACCAACCUAAUCUUGGGGUUGGUUCAACUUACACGACAUCGAGUCUAACGAACCCAAAUAUUGUGACAGCAAGUACCUAUCCUCAAAUGCUAAAUUUGAGUCCAGACCAGGUGCAAGCUCUCUUACACCCACAAUCAACGGCGGCAUCGGCGUUAUUGUCUCACUCUCAGAGGCAUACGCCACCUGCGCACAAUGCGCAUAAUAAUGCACAUCCGAAAACCGCGGCGUAUCCACCACCGCUUAUACCAGUUAACGGCAACUCAAAUAAUGCCAGAGAUUCACAUGGAAGAAAACAGUUGAUACUUAUUCAGGAUGCACCAGUUUCAAAUACCUCUCAUGUACAACCCUACGGAAUACAAAAAGCACUGGUUGAAGAAAAAUUAGUGCCGUGUAUUAAUUACAAACCGUACAUUUAUUCCGAACUAUUAAUGACAUUACCGGAUUUUGUAUCGCAGUAUUUUCCUGCCUGUGAUAUUAAUAAUUGUCGACAAGUUAUUACGGAGGUCCUUGAUUGUGAACUAUAUCAAGGAAAUAGGCAACAAAUGAAAAAAUUGAUGGAAGCUGGUAAAUGUUCAUCACUGACAGAUGAAUUGCCAUUGAUCCAUGUGCGAAAGUUCGUGCCUGCGCGUAAGGCUUUAAAAUCUGCGCAUCGUAUGGCAAGAUGGAAAAUAAUGCCCUUUCUUCACAUUAAUGAC